AUGCACUGGUGGCAGGGUGCCUUCUCCUCCUCCUCCUCGUCCAAGAGGCAUUCCGAUGACGACAGCGUCAUCGUCUCCGAUGGGAGGUACUCCGUCAAGGCCGGAUUUUUAUCCGGCCGGCGGACCCGCAACCGUGGCCGCUCGAGGAAAGUGAGGUACGUGUCGGAGAAGGACGAUUACCCGUGGAGGUCCCCCAGCCGCUCGGACCAUUCCGUGUCGGCCAGGUCUCCGGCGCCGGCGCCGUCCAAGCCUCAGCCCUUGCCGAUGCCCGAGCUGCAUGUUCUGCUGCGGAUGGACCCCAAAUUCGCUUCCCCGAGCGUGCCUCUGCCUUCAUUCCGAGGUGCCAAUCAGAAUCAGAGGGGAGGGUAUGAGGAAAGAGAAAGAGACAGGGAUAUGCAAACGGCGGAGACAUUGAGCGAGGAUGAGAUUGACGGGCUGAAUGGGCUCAGGAGAAUCAGCAGAUUACAUGGCCAAACCUCCCAGGCAAACACAGAACAGCCUGAAACCCGACCCUGCAGAUGUAAAAAAAGCUCUGCACGCAAGCAUACCCCAAAAUCCCAAUCACCCUAUGGCUACAGGAUCAAUGUCCCCAUCAGUGCCCCCACUAGUCCUUACUCGAGCCCGGCCCUGAGCCCGCCCGGCCCUGACAUGCUGGCGUCUCAUUACAUGACCCCACCCAGCGUCUUCCACGUCUGGUCCGCCCCUGAGAUCCCCUACUCGGCCCAAAACUGCUUCUUCCAACAUACGCCCUUCGAGGUCUUGUCCAGCGUUGACAGCUCUCCGCUCCAGAGCCCCACUGUGGGGCCCGCGUCCCCUCUUCCCGGGAUAUUAUCCCCUGAAUCGCGGCGUGAAGGUGGCGGUGGCGGUGGCGUGCAUCCACUGCCACGUCCCCCUGGGAGUGGGACCGCCGCCGGUCAGCCCUCGCCCACGGCUUCUGUUUCGCCGUCCGCCUCGAGGUCAGAUUUCUCGGGGGCAUCCAACUGUGGAACAGAGAUGGAUUUUCCGAGAGGCAACAUCACCCCACCGCAGCUGUCGCCUAUCGCGCAGGUCGCCGGAAAACCGAAAGUGAUGCCGAUAAAGUCCAGGUGGCGCAAAGGGAAGCUGAUCGGGAGGGGAACGUAUGGGAGUGUGUAUGUGGCUUCCAACAGAGAGACUGGAGCAUUAUGUGCAAUGAAGGAGGUUGAAAUUUUACCAGAUGAUUCGAACUCUGCAGAGAGAAUGAGACAGUUGGAGCAGGAAAUUAAAGUUCUCAGCCGUCUGAAGCACCCAAAUAUUGUGCAAUAUUUCGGUAGUGAAAUUGUCGAGGACAAAUUCUAUAUAUACCUGGAAUACGUUCAUCCUGGUUCAAUAAAUAAAUUUAUCCAAGACCAUUGUGGAGCUAUUACGGAAUCUAUCGUUCGCCAUUUUACUCGUCAUAUCCUAUGUGGGUUGGCUUAUUUGCACAGCACGAAAACCAUCCACAGAGACAUCAAAGGUGCUAAUUUACUUGUUGAUGCGUAUGGAGUUGUCAAGCUAGCUGACUUUGGGAUGGCUAAACAUCUCAGUGGGGAAGCAGCAAAUCUAUCAUUGAAGGGUAGUCCGUAUUGGCUGGCCCCAGAGUUGUUGCAAUCUGUGAUGUCAAAAGAUGCCAGUACAGAUGUUGCUUUAGCCGUGGAUAUAUGGAGCUUAGGCUGUACCAUUAUCGAGAUGAUGGAUGGGAAGCCUCCUUGGAGCGAGUAUGAAGGGGCAGCAGCAUUGUUCAAGGUACUACAGGAGAGUCCACCAAUACCCCAAACACUAUCGGCCGAUGGAAAAGAUUUCCUGCAGUGCUGUUUCCGUCGGAAUCCUGCUGAAAGGCCCACCGCAGCAAAGCUUCUCGAGCACCCAUUUGUCAAUGGCUCCUCUCACCACCAAUCAAAUGCUUGCAUCCAGUCACUCAAAGACAUGAGAUUAACGGAUAAGGUAAAUAGAGAGUUGGCUCGUGAUAGUAAAUUUGAUCGGGUGCCGGCAUCAUUAGGCGUACAGAUCAAGAAAGGGAAAGUGGCUAACAUAUAA